CGUGGUGACGCGAGCGCAGUGCUUGACGCGACUAGGUUAUGAGCACACGUGGCGUUGGAUUAUUGCGUUAAGAAUAUUAAUUUACCAUUAUGAUCGGGCCAGUGAACGUAACGGAGCUAAGUGCAAGUGCUUUCAAGCAAUUUUUGGACUCUUUUGACCAUGUAUUCUCGGACUGUGACGGAGUCAUAUGGACCAACAACACUUUGCCGGGUUCAGGGGAGUUCUUCGAGAAAAUCAAGCAACAUGGGAAAUCAGUGCACUACGUGUCAAACAACAGCUUGAGAACACAAGAAAAUUACGAGGGGAAAUUCAAGGCUGCUGGGAUUGAGAAUGGUUUCGAAAAAUUGACAAUUCCAUCCACGGCCAUAGCAGAAUACCUGAAAUCGAUCAAGUUCUCAAAGAAAGUGUACUGCGUCGCAUGUCCUCAGACGAUCAAAAUUCUAGAAGCAAAUGGAUUCGAAUGCGUUGAAGGCCCAGAAUCAGUAAAAGGCUACGAAGAUUAUCUGAAGAGCCUGGACGGUGACCCUGACGUGGGUGCCGUCGUCUUCGACAGUGACUUCAGGAUCAACCUGAUAAAACUGUCCACAGCCAUCAUCCACCUUCGGAGACCUGACGUCAUCUUCCUGAAUGGAGCUUCAGACAGAUACUUACCUGUUAAGCCUGGACAUUUGGCUCUCGGUACCGGACCAUUCAAUGACAUAGUGAUUGAAGAGUCGAAACGAGAGCCUAUCCAGCUGGGGAAACCAGGGAAGAUCUUUGGAGAGUUCGCCAUGAAGAGGGCCGGCUUUACUGAUCCUAGUCGAAUACUCUUCAUUGGAGACAUGAUUGAACAAGACGUGGUCUUAGGCAAGAACUGUGGCUUCAAAACGCUUCUAGUGCUGACCAGCAACACCGAAGAAGAUAUGAUGGCCAGCAACAUUAAACCCGAUUACUAUGCGGAGACCUUAGGAAGCCUUGUUCCUUUACUGUGAAUUGUCUUAAAUCGUUAUUUUUUAAGUUAUAAAUUCGAUAUCUGCAAAGAGCUGUAUGAAAAAUGUGUUUAAAAAGAUGUACCUAAGUAAAA